AUGAAACCCUCUGCUCGACUGCUGCGAGCGCUCAAACCUCUCACUUCCGACUAUACGUUUUCAUCACGUUCACCUGCCAUCUACUCUCUGGGUCUAUCUUAUGCGUCAAAGAACUCUCCGCCGUUCGUGCCGAAGAACGAGAGAGCUCCGAGAUACGGCUAUGCAGGGUACAGGAACGACCACGGGGCUGCGCUGAUUUCUGAAUGGGUCAAAUCGAGUCUUGAUCGUCGAGCUGGUCGUGGUGAAUUGACGGUCGAUAAGCCUGGAGGAUGGGAUGAGAGAUUACAGGAUGAGACUCGGCGUUGGGGAGCAGGCGAGGAUUUCUACGCAGUUGACGUACCCGAAACUUCCAGCUCAUCAUCUUCAGACCCUCCUGUCCAUUUCGCCAUUUCCGAUGGAGUCGGUGGAUGGUCUGACGUGGUGGACCCUUCAUUCUUCUCCCAGGCUCUCAUGUAUCAUUACGCGAAAUCUUCGUCGUCCUUAGAAACGGCUCAUCCUCGAGCAAUCCUGAAACAAGCUUACGAGCGUGUCCUAAAGGAAGAGAGCGUGGUCGCUGGAAGUGCUACGGCCUGUGGCAUUGCUGUUGACUCGAAAGGUGUGUUGAGGGGUGUCAACAUGGGAGACUCUGGAUGUACUAUCCUGCGAGAUGGCAAGGUCAUCUUUGAGACACCAGCGUUAACGCAUUAUUUCAACUGCCCAACCCAGCUCACAAAGACACCGAAAGGAAUGGACGCUUCCGGAGUCGUCAGGGACCAGCCGGACAACGAAAAGUGUUCUGAUACGUUUGAAGCUCAGCUCCAGCCUGGCGAUAUCAUCCUGCUCUAUACCGACGGAUUAUCCGACAAUGUCCCCUCAGCCCAUUUCCCUCUCCUCCUCUCACAUCUCCGAGGUAUCAUGGAUCACCCUGACAACGCCGAUCUGUCACCUGCCGAGAGGGACAGCGAGCUAGCUAGAUUGUUUGCGGACGUACUCGUUGCGUAUGGUCGACGAGCAAUGGUAAGGACAGGAGAAGAGGUCGACGAGUCGGGCAAACCGAGCUGGAAGACGCCUUUUGAAGUGGAGGCUAAGAAGGCUGGGUUGAACUUCAAGGGAGGCAAGAUAGACGAUAUCACUGUCUUGGCUUCUGUUGUCAGUGAGCUGCAUCCAGAGUGA